AUGGCAUCGCAACAGCCGAACAAGUACAUUGAGCUCGAAUUCCUCAAUGCUAUAUACCCAGUGCAGCAGAUGGAAGCGUCUCACCGAAAGAGGGUGCGGAAGCAUGUCAUGAAUCGAUAUUGGCAGACGCGGAAAAUUCACGCCCGUCCAUUUACUCUUUCUGAAGAUCGCCAAUUGCGCCUCCUUCAAACAUCCCCUAGGUGCGUGUGCCACGGACUCGGAUCCACUGAGAACAGAGAAGCCAGGAAAUCCUGUCGACUGUGUGGGGGAGGCCUUUCUUUGCGCAGUAUUGAAAGCGGAGAUAUCCUCGCGACAGGCUUGGGGAUGGUGACAGAGAUCCGUUCUCAAGUCUCCCUGUCUCAACAGGGCAAGAUAGUGGCAUGCUUCAGAUGCUUCUUCGUCAUUGCCGCUACAAGUGAUAAAGCCUUGGCCAGUAUAAUGUUUGUGAGCGGAAGUGAUUUUCGUAGUCUUUACACAAGUACACCACCACGCUUCCGCCUGUGUCCUAGUCCACUCAAAUUCGCUUGGAAGACUCGAACUCUCUCCUCAUCGAGAGGUGAAGCUGAACCUUGGUCUUUAAGAGGUGCUCUUAGCGAUAAAUUCUUAGAAGAAGUGAAGGAGAUCAGGGAUCUAGUGCAGCUCAAGGAGUCAUGUAGGGGUCAGAUUGUCCCCCUUGCUAUGGUAGGCCAUUUUGACCAGCAGCGAGGAUGGAUUGCAUGUUGCCUGAUCGAGCUGAUUGCCGAGGCCUCUCGUGCUCCCAGCGGGGCGUACGAACAAUGCUGUUGUCUGGCCGCCUACGUAUAUCACCAGAUGCACUUUAAACCGUACACCUUCUUGACGGGCGUGCAAAGCUUGUUACUCGGCAAACUAAAACAGCCGUUACGCACAACGGAUCUUGGUACUUGCUGGGGAGACGACAUCGAGCUUCUGUUGUGGGUUUUGGUUACUGCGGCAGCUGUUGAGGGCGGUGCAAGAGUUUGGUUUGUGGACUUGUUUAAGCGUGUCCGGAAGAUAUUUAUUCCCAAGCCUGGACUCAAUCGGAUGAAGCACAUCUUGAGGCGGUUUUUGUGGAAUGAGAGGACUUCCGGUCGGGAUUGUGAUAAGAUCUACAAAGAGAUUGUGAGCUCGGCAUUUCAAGGAGAAGCGUACGAGAUGAAAUUCGAGUUAGGCGUAGACCAUGAGGUUGUUGUGAGGUGA